CACAAAAAACCAUCACUUCUGCGUGAAGUGAAUAACAAAAUGCACUAAUUCCAAACUGAGCAGUGUCUAACAACAAAAUUGACAGGUGGGACCUAUCUAUAGGCUGAUCUGGCGAAGACUAAUCCUAAUCAAUGUGUUGACCUGCUGAGUUGGACAGAGUCCCAUAUGUCAGCCACGCAUUUUAUUUUCCCCUCUUAAUUUUCUUCCUCUCCACAUGGACAGGAACGCCACUGCACUGCACGCCGCCCUUGUUGGUCGAUGGUCACGCCAAGCUCUGGCCGCCCCCGUGCUUGCAGCGCCCGCCGGGAGGCCCUGGCUGCGCACGUCGUCGUGGAACGCCAUGUGCAGGCCCGUGCUCGCGGCGCCCGCCGGGAUGGCCUGGUCGCGCCCGCGCUCAUGGUGGUGCCCUGUGGUGGAGCGCCCUCGCCGCACCUGUGCUGGAGGCGGUGUGCUAGGGCCUCGUCGCGCCGCACGCGCACAAGAAAAAUUGGGGCCCGUCACCGACGACUACCCCAGCACUACCAACGAUUUUGACUCCGGCGGCGCGGGGAACGACCAGAUCCAGAGCGUAGGGAGGCGGGGAAGGUCUAGGGCAAGGCAGGAGCCUGCCGCCCGAGCCGCCCGCAACACGGUGGUACGCGAAGGAAUCAAUCUGCCCCGGCCAGCAGCAGGAUGGGGGGAGUGUGAUCCAGUGCUUGCGCCGGCGAGGCAGAGGCCUCAGGCUCAACCACAACCGGCAAUGGCGACGGUGGCCUCUGCCUCGGCCCGAGUAGGACGGGUCGCGACCACAGGCUCAACCGUGGCCAGCAACGGCGACGGUGGCCUCUGCCUCGGCCGAGGGCAGGACGGGCGGCGGCCACAGGGUUGAUCACAGUCGGCAAUGGGUCUGUCCCACCGGAGUGGGCCGGCGACAAGAAGAGAAAUACGUAGGAAGGAAGGAGAGGAGAGAGGAGAUAAGAGGUGUGGCUUGCAGGUGGGUCCCUGUCCACCUUAGCAAGUCAAACAUCAACUAGGACUAGUCUUUGCCACAUCAGCACAGACAUAUAGGUCCCACCUAGUAGUUUUGUUGUUAGUCACGACUCAAGUCUGAUUUAGUAUGAUUUGUUACUCACUUGACGCAAAAGUGAUGGUCAUUUAUGAUUUUUGACAAAAAUGAUGGUUUUGAGA